AUGCUUCGUUUACCAUCACAACCACCCACAUCUGAAUGGAAUUCAACUUGGAAAGAAAUACAGCCUGCUUUGCGUCAAGUAAGGCGUUCUAUGGCUUCACUUAGAACAUCUUCUCUUAAAGUCAUGAGAGUCAGUCAACUUGAUUCAGACAUAUUGGAUAUUGAAUUAUUUGAUAUCUUGAAAGAACAACUCUGGAGUGCUCUUUCUUUAUUCAAGCCUACUAUCAAAGAAACCUUUGAACCUGAAUGUGUGGCUAUCUUGAACUUGAUUUUAUUUAAAUUAUCCAUCUAUGACUCUUCUGCAACUUAUGGAGCUCAACUUCAAAACCUAAAGUAUCGCAAUGAAAGAAACCAUCAAGGUGUAUUUGAAUCCAUAGCACAAGAUGGACCCUUAACACAGACACAGAAAAUAGCGUACGGUAUCUUGACUGUAGCUGGACAGUAUAUGUGGACACGCAUCCAUCGAUACAUAACAGCCAAAGGAUGGGGUGAACUGGAUCAAGAAGAUCGUCGUAACAAAGUCUAUCGUGUAUUACAAGCAGGCGAGAAAUACUGGAAAGCAUGUUCCCUUGUCAAUUUCCUUGUAUUCUUAUGGAAUGGUAAAUACCGUACUUUAGUGGAUCGUAUCUUGUCAAUGCGUCUUGUCUAUUCAAAGAAAUCCAUGAACAGACAAGUCAGUUUUGAAUUCCUGAAUCGACAAAUGGUGUGGCAUGCAUUUACAGUAAGUUAG